AUGGCAGGGAUCAUAAGCCCUAGCCCUACGGCUCUUUCUUUCACCAGUAAUGUCGGAACAAGGCGGUUGAAAGCGGUGACUUGGGCGGGAAAGUGUAUCUCCGGGAACGGAAUCCGGCGGAGAAACCUGAGAAUUGCGGCGGAGGUGAGAUUUGUGAAUGCAGAAGAAGCAAAGGAGCUAAUAGCAGUGGAAGGUUACUCUGUGGUUGAUGUUAGAGACAAGACUCAGUUCGAGAGAGCUCAUAUCAAAUCUUGUCACCAUAUUCCUCUCUUUAUUCAGAAUGAAGACAACGAUCUUGGCACGAUCAUAAAGAGGACAGUACACAACAAUUUCUCAGGGCUCUUCUUUGGUUUGCCAUUCACGAAACUGAAUCCGGAAUUCGUUAAAUCGGUUAGGAACGAGUUUUCUCAAGAUAGCAAACUUUUAGUUGUUUGCCAAGAAGGUCUCAGAUCGGCGGCUGCAGCUAGUAGAUUGGAGGAAGCGGGUUACGAAAACAUUGCUUGUGUAACAUCAGGGCUACAAUCUGUAAAACCAGGGACAUUUGAGUCGGUUGGUUCGACGGAGUUGCAGAAUGCAGGCAAAGCAGGGCUUAUAACAAUUCAAGGCAAGAUCUCAGCAGUCUUAGGAACAGUGCUUGUCUGUGCUUACUUGUUCAUAACAUUAUUCCCGGACCAAGCAGAGAAGCUAUUUCCUCCAAGCUAA